AUGCAACAGGAACAGCAAACUUCCACCAAUCCUGUGUCUGUACAGAAACCAUUUGUGGCCCCCACAAUGGGUCCCAACAUCACAGCUCCACCCCCCAACACCAUUGAUGGGAAAUAUGCUGCUGAGCACCUAGGAGGUGCGCUAACCUUGGCGCUGUCAGAAAUAGCCACAUGUCGACCAAAUGAUCCAAUAGAAUACUUAGCACACUGGCUCUACAAAUACAAGGCAAACUUGGAUCACCAUAAACAGCAACUGGCCGAAGCCAAACAGUUGGAUGAAGAGGAGGCAGAGAUGGUCAGGGCUCAGCAAAGGAAGGAAAAGCGACUGGCAGAACAAAGACAGAUGGAGGCAGAGGCAAGGGAGAAGGCAGAAAAAGAGGAAGAGGAACGAAGGAAGAGAGAACAGGAGGACUUACAGAGGAAAGCAAAGGAAGCUGCCCUGGCACAGAGACCUAACCUGGAGACUUUAAAGGAAGAAGAGGGUGAGGAAGAUGCAGAACGAGGCAGAGAGAAGGACUUUACAGGACAGACAGAGUUACACAGACUGGCCCUUAUGCCAGAUUCAGCCCUAUUGUCAGUGCUGAACAUGGGAUACAGUUUGGCAGAGAGAAAUGGAGAUAACCAAACUCCCCGGGAGGUAGCUAUGGACAAAGGUUUUCAGGAUCAUGUGGAUACUAUAGAUAAGUUUGUACAAAGUCUGGUUGAGAAUGAGAAGUUUGCAGAACUAGAGAAGCUCCUGCUGGAUGGGUAUGACCAAUGGGAGGUUGUGUUACAAAAUGUCAAGACCAAAGAACCAUCAGAGGGCAUCGUAAGGUUUAUCAACUCAGUGCCAGACUUUCAGAAGAGAAUGGCCACAGUGCUGAAAACAGCCCAGACUGGUGUUGUACGUAAUUUACAACAAGCACUCGAACGAAGAAGCCUCGCAACAGCGCGAGACAGAAGUGGGCGGGGUCCCUUACACGUAGCAAUACUCGCCAACCAAUCAGAUGCUGUCCAGUACCUUAUUUCAAAUUUCCCCGAGACUCUCAAGGCUAGAGAUAAUAUGUAUCGCACGCCUCUACACUAUGCGAUGGCUUUGUCAGAAGAUCUUGCCCAAAUACUCACAGAGAACGGUGCCGAUGUAAAAUUCAAAGAUGCAAAACAAAAAGUUGCUGCAUAUUACAAAGAAAAUCCCAGUGACAUUGAAACUCUACAGAGUUCUCUUCCCUUGAUGGAGGAAAGCCAAAAUCAAAUGGAAGGUCAAGGUCAAAUGGAAACUACACAACAAACUGAACAGGGUCAAGGACAAGAGGAAACAGAAUAG